AAACAUUCUAACCUGAAGUAUUAAGUUAUUGUGAAGUCAUCGUUCUGUCAUUCUUCAGUUAAUUAUUGAUGAUUUGAUGAUUGUUGGGCGGAAUUAACACCGGAAUUAGGGAAUUUAUUGAGUUAUUGAGUUGUUUUAGAGGGAAAAGACAGGAGUAUAUCGAUUUUGAAGGGAUUCAUUCAGUUAUUGGAAACAUGCCAGCCACAUCAACACACAAAAUCAUCACAACUCUGGGAUUCAUUUCGAUUUUGCACGCGGCGUAUUCAGCAGCUCAACAUCGAUCGUACUUGAGGAUAACUGAGCAGGAGUUCACGACUUUACCAGUGGAUAUACUUAUCCAGGGCAUUCUAAGCCUCUUCAUCGUGAUGUACGGAGUCCUCUACAUCGCCGGAGACUUCAAGGAGAUCCGGGCAGUCGUGGACCUCGAGAACAAAUCCUGGGAGAGCACCAGAAAUCUCCCAUCGUUCCAAAUAUUCCAUCAUCGAGGAAGAUGUCUGUCUCAAGACUACGUGCCCCCCUACUAACCCCUACUUUCUUAAAUUAUUAAAAAAUGCAGGAGUUCACCUCUCGAAAGUACCAAAAAAAUUCAUUAAGAAAUGACACGAUAUCUUCAAUCAAUUCCUGACUCAUUAAUUAUCUUCGUAAUGAGUGUUUUUUGUAGAGAAUUUAAUUUUUAAUAAAAUGUCGACAUUUCCUCAUGAAUGCACUAAUUAUCGGGACAAUUCCCCAAUUAACACCUGAAAAAAAAAUUCAAUCGUUUACAAAAUCCUAAGAUAACUAUUAAUUGUCUAAUUUUUUCGGUAAUGAGUGGUUUUAGAGUAAAAUAUCUUCGAGAUUUUUUGUAAAGAAUUAAAUUCUCCACAAAAAAAUGUCUUCACAUUUCCUCAAAUGUACUAAUUACCGAGAUAAAUUACCCAAUUAGCACAUAAAGAAAUAAUUCAAUCGAUUCCGAAAUCCUCAAUUAAUUAUCAAUUACAAAAUGUUUUGUAAAGAAUUCAAUUUUCCUCAAAAAAUAUCUUAAUUAAUUAAUCAAAAAAGCCAUCAAAUUCACUCAUCACCAGAACUGUAAAUAAUUCCAAAUUAUUUACUGCACAAUGAAAUCAAUAGCAUUUACAAUUGCAAUUUAAACUCCUCCCAGUCACAGAUCCCCAAAAAAAGAACCAACUGCAGUCAAGUAAUCGUAAGACAUUUUAAUGAAAAAAAAAAUCUGCCAAUUUCCGUUACAAUAAUUAUUCAUGAAGAUAUAAAAUAAACAUUAAGAUAUCACUCCAA